GCGUCGAAAGUUUGAAGAAACGGCGUUGUGGCGUUGUCGAGCAGUAGUGGAAAAAAACAUUGUAAAACUGUUCCUUUUGCACAUCUCAAAAUUAGACGGCUUUUGUCAGUAUAGGAUCGUUUUUCUUGUGCAGCGUGGUAAAUCAUGUAAACCGAGCUUUCACUGUACCAGAGGGGGAAGACAAAGUCAGUCGGUAGUUCUGCAAGCAUCUGACAAUUGCACGCAGUAAGGAGGUUAGGGAAGAAAUAUGGCCUGCCGAGAAAACUGAUGGGUGAUGCUGAAAUUUCCAUGGAUCCGGGACUACCAUCGAAUGUCACCAAUCCUACUACCAGCAAGCAAGUCUCACCAGCCAAAAAAGAUUCAGCCCCUCACCAGAAAGACUACAUAGUCGUUGACCUGGAAUCGCAAGAUACAACCCACAGGUUGCAAACGAUUCUCACUCUCCACUGGCUUUCUCAGCACUACGAGUCAGUUGAAGGGGUUUCCCUACCUCGUUGUUUGAUCUACAAACAUUACUCUGACUACUGCCAGAAACACCAGUUCCACCCCAUAAACGCAGCUAGCUUUGGAAAGGUUAUUCGACAGGUGUUUCCGGAACUGCGCACUCGCCGUCUGGGCACUCGCGGACAGUCAAAGUACCACUACCACGGCAUCCGUGUCAAGGAGUCCUCGCCGUACUUUGGAGUUUUCUUGGACUCCCAGCGCAUCACGACACCUGCGUUUUACAGAACCCCUGGUAUUCCCCUCCUGUCAUCCAAGGCCCAGUGGGAAUCCUCACUGCUUCAGUCACAAACUGACAACCUGCCGUCACCAAUGACUUCCAUGCUGACACUGCUGCCUGAAUUUCCGACGGCUGCGCAGACACAGCCCUGGGGAGAUUUGGAAUUUGAUCAGGUUGAUGGAGUGAUAGCCCAGUACAGGUGCCACUGCCAGCAGGUCAUUGAAUACGUCCUGCAAGGAAAACUGGAAGAGGUACCAGUGACCGUGCAUCAAUAUUGGCGGAGUCUCCCCGAUGAAACAAAACAGGUGCUCUCAUCAUCAAACAAACUGGCUGAUCUGAUUGGUCUGUGCGACAAUAUCCUGUACCAGACAUUGGUCAACAUCCUCAUCCCUGGCACAGUGCAGCAGCUACCCCCAAGCCUGCUCCAUGCUAUCCGCCAUUUCUCCUGUGGAUUCCAGAAAAUCAUUGAGGAAUCUCUUCCCACUCUGACGGAGUAUUUCCAUCUCAAGCAAGUCCAAACUGUGAAGCGAUUUUGUCAGCUUCUGAAGAGAAAGACUUCACUGUCUCACUUAGCCCAGGCCACUCGAGCUGUUCUGAAGACAAGAGUGACCGUCACCCAAAUGAGUCACGACUGGCGAAAACGGACCGAGCAGAACACCGUUUGCGCCCAGCUCAUGUGGACCGCCCCAGGCAGCUCAGCAGCCAUAAAAGCAGCGGUCAAGAAAUGCUUUGCAGAAUUUUCUCGGCUUCUGGAGAAGCAUGCAAGUGUCGAGGAACACAUCAAAUGGCUGGACACCGUCCGCAGAAAGUGCCUGAAAAGUACAGGGGAAGGAGACCUCGAUAAGACAGAGGAGGCUGAACGAGACUUCCUGUUGCAGUGGUCCUACGUCUGCAAUCUCCUCAUCAGGGAUCAGACACUGAGAAGUGCAACAAGUUUUGGAUCAUUCCAUCUGUUGCAUCUUCUCUAUGAGGAGUACCUCUUGUACGUGGUGGAUGUGCAGCAGAACCAGAAACAGGAGAGAGCCCUGUGGAAGAGGUUGUUUGAUAAUGACACAGACGUUCCCAGCUACUUCCUGACGUCAGCCGAUACCAGCGACUUGGAUUCUGCCAAAUGCCUCCCUGACGUCAAGGCUAAACACCUUCACCGGUUGCCUCCACACAUCAACACCAGCUUCUCCAACCGAGUUCCAAGUAGCCUGAUGUUGGGGGUGAGUGCUAAUGUAGGCCAGGACCCACUCCAUCCCUGCGCCACAUCCACGGGGAAGGUAUUUGCCAAGCCAUCGGUCGCAACAGCAGCAGGAAGCCCACGUCUGUCAGCUACUCUCAGCAGCUCGACAGGUGAGGCCAGCAGUAAUGCCGCCUACUCCUUGCCUGCUUCAUCCACCUCUGUCCCUGUCUCUGGCACACCCUCCAAAACCCCCCAGGGGAACUUGGGUAGAAGUAUAACCUCCACAAUCACACCCACCCAAAGGCUGACCAGCUCGCCACAGAUACCGGCUCGAGUCAAGGAAGAGACAGCAGCAUCCGGCACUUUGUUUGGCGGGAGCCCUAGUCUCCUGACCAUACCACUGGGUGGAUCCGUCGCAAUUCUCCAAACGUCACCCUCAAGAGGGGGCUCUACUGGCGCGGUCACAGUCCUGCCGAGUGGCUUCGGGGUGUCCCCAUCCCCAGUUGCUCUGGCUGUGCCGCAUGCUGUUAGCCAGCAGCAAUUCACAGCCGUUAAUUCCACCCUGGUCCCCGCACAGGCAGGCAGCCACAGCAGAGAGCCGCCACCUCUUCAACCGAUCACCCCAAGCCACCAGAGCUCACCCGGAAGCCUGAAUCCAAUAAGUCUGCCAAAAGAAAUCCGGCAAUCCCAGCAGAAUGUGGUGGCUUCCAAGAUUGUCAAGGCAAUCCCAGUGUCAAGUGAGUCAAAACAGAAGCCAGUUUCAUUCCAGUUCUCCAUAACCACGAGUCAGAAACUAAAUCUAGCCAAAGGACAGAUUUUAACAGCCACAAAUGGUGACCGGUACCUGAUCAACGAAGUGCAGAGUACUGUGCCAGCCGACACUUCACAGAAAACACAUUAGUGAUCGAAGGCAAGUAAUGCAGUUCAUGCCAAGGUUACAGUAGCUGUUUGCUCUGCAGCUCACGCUAUUACAAAAAUUAAGGGAAAAGCGUGAACUUCAGAAUGGAAGAUCGAGUAUUGCUCUCAAGUACAUGUGAGAGUGGCCUUGCUAACCCAUUCCUACGUAAAAACUGUUCUAUUUCACAGGUUUUUUUAACUUCUUGUUACUUUGUAUUUUUACUUCAUGUUUAUUGUUAACAUGUUGCUUCAAGUUUUGAUCACAGUUUGCACUGUGCUCUGCAAACUGUAGUUGAAGAUGUUAAAGUUUGUUGCAUGAAAUGCAACUGGUUCUUUCUGAUUCGUAGAAAUACAGUCGAACCUUGUUGCGCACUGUUAAUACAAUAUUCUGCUUUUAAUAAGGACAGUUUUAGGUCACAGUCCUUUGUUUACUAAUUUGUUUUUCACUGUAUAUUAUUCCUGAUAAUGCAAGGUUCCUGUUGUAAAGGUUCCUGUUAAAGUUUGAAAGACCUUGUAUUAACAAGGUUCGGCUGUAGCUUACUACAUGUACAUGUAUAACAAAGAUAACUUUGGAACAACUUCGUAUUUCCAACAGUUAUGCAUUCUUACCGAAUGACUUGCCAGAGCCUGUAGGGUUAUUGGCACAAAACCUAUGUAAUAAGAGUUCAGUUAGAGACCUUGUUUUCUUCUAGUUCUUUUUUUUUUAAUGUUUCAUGAGUUACUACAUGCGUUCACCACACUAAAGACAAAUUCUAGUACAUAUAUACAUUACAAUGGCUUAGCGUACUACAGACAGCGUUCCUGAGCAUUUUUAAGCAGCAUCACUUUCCCCAUACAUGAUGUAUAAUACUUCCGAGUUGAAAUAUCUCUUAUUCAAAUCUGAAUGUCCUUAGUUAAUAAGCCAUUUGCUAGUUAAAUUUGAAUAAAAUCUGGUACACCGAGUUCUGCAAAUUCACGUGAACCUAACAACUUGAAUUCUCCAUACUAAAACCAAUGUAGACCUUGUGACUCGGGGCAAGAUUUUGCUUAGUUACAUAAGAGACGCCUUGCGACAAUACAUUGUUCUCAAUGGAUAAGAACGGCACAACGGAACCAG